GUGAGAGAGAACGGGAACUAGCGUUCCCACUACUUUCAUUUUUUUUAAGUUUCAAAAACUCUAACAAACUUUAUUUCGCCGGGACAAAGACCUUUAUGUAAACACAUAUCUAAACUAUAUACGAUCCUAUUUAGCUGUCAGUUUCGUGUAUCAGUUGGGAAACUAGUUUUUUUUUUAAACAGAAAAUAUUCAAGGGCUUGGAAAGAUCCGCGGAGAUCUUGUGUGCAGAAGUUUUCGCUACCUCCCAUUGAUGCUUCUACAACAUGGGUGGUCUAUCCACUUUGGUGAGCUGUUGCUUAGCAGCUAAUAAUAGUAGAUGUUUGCUAAGUAAUUUGCUUCUUCCUUAGCCAAUGGGAAUCCGGUAGAGAGGACUUUCCAUCAACUCCUUUUGAUGGGCUGUAGGCGGGUUUUUCUCUCCAAAUGUUGGAUGCCUGAGAUCGGGAACAGAAGUAAAGAUUGAGCUGAAAGAGUAUAUAUUUUUUCAUUCCGUGGUGUUAGAAGGACGAGUAAAAAGGAGCGAGCGAGCGAGCGAGAGAGAGAGAGAGAGAGAGAGAGAGAAACUACACGUGGGUGUAGAGUCAAGAUCCUCAAGGAUUUCUGCGCGAAAUGUUGGAAUGGAAAUAUCAGGCUUUCGCUCAGGAAGAGACUAGGGACUCUCCAGCUGGUUUUCUUGUCACUUUUGGGGAAUUAUUGCUGUUGUUGUUGUUGUUGAACCAAACGAUCGGCGACUGGUUUCCAGCGACAUGACUUCGGUUUCUGACCUUGCCCGGAACGAUGGAGCCUUGCCCCCGCGGUACAGCCACCGAGCCCCGGCCGUUUGCUUGGAUCUGCAGCAGAGACCUAGUUACUGCCACGCUGCCUUCGCAUUGAAGCAAAUCUCCAAGGGUAAGGCAGAAGGGCGCCGGGCUCCACUGUGGCUCCGAGCCCAUUUCCAGGCCAAACUCUUCAGACUGGGCUGCACCAUCCAGCAGCACUGUGGCAAGUUCCUCUUCAUUGGUCUCUUGGUCUUUGGAGCUUUUGCAGUUGGCCUGAGAGUUGCAAGCAUUGAGACGGAUAUCGAGCAGCUUUGGGUGGAAGUGGGAAGCCGAGUGAGUCGAGAGUUAAUGUACACACGGGAGAAACUGGGCGAGGAGACGAUCUUCACAACGCAGAUGCUGAUUCAAACCUCGAAGAAGGAAGGGGAGAAUAUCCUUACUCAGGAAGCAUUGCUCCAGCAUCUGGAUGCUGCCCUUGCAGCCAGCAAAGUACAAGUCUUUCUCUAUGGAAAGUCCUGGGAUUUAAACAAAAUCUGUUACAAAUCUGGAGUGCCUAUCAUUGAGAAUGGAAUGAUUGAGCGAAUGAUUGAGAAGCUAUUCCCCUGUGUUAUUCUAACUCCCUUAGACUGCUUCUGGGAUGGUGCCAAGCUUCAAGGAGGUUCUGCCUACCUACCGGGUAAGCCAGAUAUUCAGUGGAUGAACCUUGACCCUGUGCAGCUCCUGGAUGAACUGGGGCAAUUUACAUCUUUGGAAGGAUUCACGGAGAUGCUGGAUAAGGCACAAGUAGGACAUGCCUACAUGGACAGGCUCUGCUUACAACCAGAUGACACUGAAUGCCCCGUGUCUGCCCGAAACAAAAAAUCACUGGAGGCUCCUAACAUUCCCACUGAAUUAACUGGAGGCUGCCAUGGAUUCUCAAAGAAGUUCAUGCAUUGGCAAGAGGAGCUGAUUUUGGGUGGUGUCAAGAAAAAUUCCCAGAACAUACUGCUGAGUGCUGAAGCUCUUCAGACAAUGUAUCUGCUGAUGAGCCCUAAGCAACUUUAUGAACACUUCAAGGAUGAUUAUGAAAUCCAUGAUAUCAAUUGGAACCUGGAGAAGGCAACAACCAUUUUGGAGAGCUGGCAACGGAAGUUUGUUGAGGUGGCUCACCAGACCCUGCCUCAGAACUCCACACAAAAUAUCCACGCCUUUUCCACCACCACCCUCAAUGAUAUCAUGAAGUCUUUUUCUGAUGUCAGUGCCAUCCGUGUCGCUGGAGGCUAUUUGCUAAUGUUGGCAUAUGCAUGUGUGACAAUGCUGAGGUGGGACUGCUCAAAGUCCCAAGGGGCUGUGGGUCUAGCCGGUGUCCUGUUGGUGGCAUUGUCAGUAGCGUCAGGACUGGGACUGUGUUCCCUUCUGGGCAUUUCCUUCAACGCUGCAACUACCCAGGUACUACCAUUUCUGGCCUUGGGUAUUGGUGUUGACGAUAUGUUUCUCCUGGCUCAUGCAUUCACUGAGACAGGUCAAAAUAAGAACAUUCCUUUCAAGGACAGAACAGGCGAGUGUUUGAGACGAACUGGGACCAGCGUCGCGCUCACAUCCAUUAAUAACAUGAUUGCUUUCUCGAUGGCUGCAUUAAUUCCCAUCCCUGCUCUUCGUGCCUUUUCCUUGCAGGCUGCAAUAGUCGUGGUUUUUAAUUUUGCCAUGGUGCUCCUCAUUUUUCCUGCCAUCUUAAGCUUGGACCUUCAUCGACGGGAAGACAAAAGGCUGGACAUUUUCUGCUGCUUUUCCAGCCUCUGCUCAACGAGGGUGAUACAGGUCCAGCCACAGGAGUUUGCAGAUGCGAAUGAUAGCCACAACUUUCACCCUUCUCUGAAUGGAGGGCCAACGUUUAGCCACAGCACCCUGAUCACCACCACCGUGCAGGCGUUUACCCAGUGCGAUCCCACCGGACAGCACAUUGUCACCAUCAUUUCGCCAACAUCUCAGAUCUCCUCGACUCCUCCCGUCAUUGUGUCUCCAGCAGAGCACCUUGGCUCUCAGGGAAUGGACCCCACCAGCUCCACCCGGGACUUACUAGCUCAGGUGGACGAGGCAAAUGCCUGCAGGGAAUGUGUUCAGAUGCCCUUUGUCAAGUGGAACCUGGCGGAUUUUGCACGGGACAAGUAUGCUCCACUCCUUCUCAAGACGGAGUCCAAAAUUGUCGUGUUGGUCCUCUUCAUGGCCUUGCUCGGGAUGAGCCUUUAUGGAACUACCAUGGUUCAUGAUGGGCUGUACCUUACAGACAUUGUGCCUCGUGAAACCAAGGAGUACAAUUUUAUUGAAGCCCAGUUCAAGUAUUUCUCCUUCUACAACAUGUACAUCGUCUCCAUGGGAGGGUUUGAUUACGCUGCAUCACAGACGUUGCUGUAUGACCUGCACAGGAGUUUCAAUGGCAUCAAAUACAUUGUCCGUGAAGAGGAUAAAGAGCUGCCAAAGAUGUGGUUGCAUUACAUUCAGGACUGGCUAAGAGGGCUCCAGGCUGCAUUUGAUGAAGACUGGCGGACAGGCAAAAUCACCAGGGAGGGUUACCGUAAUGGUUCAGAAGAUGGUGUCCUUGCCUAUAAAUUACUCAUACAAACAGGAAACAAGAAAGAACCCUUCAACUACAACCAGUUGUCUUCAAGGCGUUUGGUGGAUGAGGAUGGAAUCAUCAACCCUGAUGUCUUCUACAUCUACCUGACGGUGUGGGUCAGCAAUGACCCCCUCGGCUAUGCUGCAUCUCAAGCUAACUUCAACCCCCACCCACCCGAAUGGAUUCACGAUAGAUAUGACACCACUGGAGAGAAUUUGAGAAUUCCCACUGCCGAGCUGAUCGAGUUUGCCCAAUUCCCGUUCUACCUGACUGGCCUGCAGCAGACCUCCGAUUUCAUUGAAGCUAUCGAGAGCGUCAGGGCAAUAUGUGAGGAGUUUUCCAAGAAGGGUGUUCUCAGCUACCCCAAUGGUUACCCGUUCCUGUUCUGGGAGCAGUACAUCGGCCUGCGUCACUGGUUCCUGCUCACCAUCAGCAUCGUGUUGGCCUGCACCUUCCUGGUCUGCGCUCUUCUGCUGCUAAAUCCCUGGACCGCUGGCAUCAUUGUUUUUAUUCUGGCUAUGAUGACAGUCGAGCUGUUUGGUAUCAUGGGACUGAUGGGAAUCAAACUGAGUGCAAUCCCUGUCGUGAUCCUGAUUGCCUCUGUUGGAAUUGGAGUGGAAUUCACUGUCCAUGUAGCUCUGGGUUUCCUAACGGCCAUUGGGAACAGGAAUCUGCGUUCUGCAUCGGCACUGGAACACAUGUUUGCACCAGUGAUAGACGGGUCAAUCUCCACACUACUUGGGGUCUUGAUGUUGGCUGGUUCUGAGUUUGACUUCAUUAUUAGAUAUUUCUUUGCCGUUUUAACCAUAUUAACAAUAUUGGGCAUCCUUAAUGGUCUGGUUCUCCUUCCUGUUUUGCUCUCAGUCAUUGGACCCCCAGCUGAGUUCACUCCAGCAGAUAGAGGCAGUCAAUUGCCAAUGCCUUCUCCUGAGCCCAUUCCUCCACCCAUGAAUCAUCACGGGUUCUACAUCCAUUCAUUCCCACAGCAGCAGAGCAUGUUUAAUGAGUCCUCUGACUCGGAAUAUUAUUCGGAAGCCACAGUGUCUGGGAUCAGCGAAGAGGACCUGCCACAGUUUGACCAGAGUGCGUACAUCAUCCCACCAAUUCGCUCACAGAUACUGGUGGAGUCUGGAAACAAUCCUAACUUUCCUCGAGUCACUAUUGUGAAGCCGUACAAAGAUGUUAAGGAUUUGUCGCACAAGAAGAAGAAUUUAAACUCAAAAGUACCAGCUCGAUCCACUGUUGAUUCGGUUAGUUCUCAACUAGCUUGGCAAGAACCUCAAGACUUAAAUAAAGCAGCAGGAGAGGGGAGGCAACAGGUCUCUAACAAUGGACUGCACAGCAGAAGUGUUGCUCAACCCAUCCAGCCUGCCAGUUCCUCCAGGGGUCAACACAGGUCUCGCAACAGUAGGACUCACCAUCCUAGGACUACACUUCCUUCAUUCUCCACUGGUGUGUUUGGCCCCAGUAACCCUUUCACAACGGUGACUGCCACGGCAUCAGUGACGCUCUCCGUGCACCCGAGUGUACCGCAGACAUUUAAAGGGUACACACACGAAGGGUUUGAGGACAGCGAGUCAGACUGCUUUGAGAUACCUUCUCCGUAUGUGAAUCAUGAGAAAACAAUGGACUCCAAGGAGGAGCUUUUUGAACUUCAGGAUGCUGAAUGUGAAGUGAGGAAAUUGGAAGCCCCAAGAAGGCAUUAGGUCGCCUCAAAUGAAUGUGGCAGCCAAAGAAUGCUUUUAUUCCCCCGUCAUCACCCCAGUCCAUCGCAUAUCCCGACAUCCUCUGGCUCAAGAAAUGUGUAAAACUGCCUAUGUACAUAAACCUCAUGAUGGAGACAGGAAGAUUUAUAUUAAAAUAUUAAGUUGGUGUUUAAAUAUAUUUUAAUACUAAAAAAAAUCAAAACAAAACAAACCUAUUUAAUGAUGUACUGUAUACUUCUGUAUUACUGUAUAUACUGUGUAAAGCACCGGAGAAUUCAGAGUCAGAGUUCCAAUGAAUGGUAAGAUGUGUAGACUGUGUACGAUGAAGAGAAUUUUUGUAACUUUGGGUUCAGAUAAAUGAUAAUUGCUUGAUUAUUUUGCUGCUAUGCCUUUUAAAACUUAAAAGUUUAUCUAGAUUAGAUUCUCUAUCCUGUCAGGAUUUUCUUUCUAUGCAAGUACCUAGUCGUCAUGAAAGAAGUUUGUUUUCACUUCAGAUUACCGUGGUUACGGAAGUAAUUUGCCUUUCUCCCAGUUCUGUGUGUGGGGGGGUGCGUGGGACCUACUGUAAUUCCCUUUUAAAUAAUUUAUUAGCUCAGAGUAAAUCCCAAUCUUACAAAAUAUCAAAAAUACUAACCAUAUUUACACCACACAGUACCUGCCAUAUUGCAAACUGAUUUUUUUUUUAGCCUUUAUUCCAUUGAAUUAAUUUCUCCAGUGGAUGGUGCCACGAGCAUUUAAGCAACGAUAUAAUCUAAAUUGGUAACAUGGGUAUCGAUGUGAUAUUCAUGUCAUCCACAGCCAUAUAGUUCACAAAAUGGCUACUGCCCAUUGUCGACUCUUUGGAUUGCUCAUUAACGCUGAAGCUGCAAAAAAAUUGGAUUUAGGCUUCGCUAAUGGGCUCACUGACUAAAUUAGUACAAUUUUGAUCAGUCUCAACUCCGUGCCUGGCAUUUGCUGAGUUAGUUGACGUAAACCGAGGCUGGUGAUAGUGCGUGUAGGAAGGAACAGCAGAUGCUGGUUUAAACCGAAGAUAGACACAAAAAGCUGGAGUAACUCAGUGGGACAGGCAGCAUCUUUGGAGAGAAGGAAUGGGUGACGUUUCAGGUCGAGACCCUUCUUCAGGCGUUACUGAGUUACUCCAGCUUUUUGUGUCUAUCUUUAGUGAUAGUGCGGCAGAAAUGGCAUCCAUUCUCUUUGAUUACUUGGGUGUUCUUGCCACUGAUUUACCAGUGGAUUCCGACAGAACUGUGCACAUGCUCGGAGAAGAUAGGAUUCAGCUCAGGAAUCAUUACCCAUGGCAAGCAGCCUCCCCAAGCCCCAUCACCAAAGCUCAAAAAUGAGCAAGUUGGUAAAAGAUGACUUGUGUUGCACGGAAUCAGAGCACAAUGGGGAAAACAUCAAGAAGUGGGAGGCAAGAAAAUUGACAAGAGAAAAAUCCAUUGUCAUUUUAGCCUAUGUGUGAGAGAAACAUACCA